AUGGGAUUUGAGAAAGAUGAAGCAAGUUCAUCUUCACAUGUUCUAAACAUUCCUAGGGAAGAAACUCCACUCCUUUCCUGCGACCAACAUCUUUCAUCUCCCGCCAAGACGUUUGCUAAUGUCUUCAUAGCCAUAGUUGGGGCUGGCGUUUUAGGCCUUCCUUAUACUUUCAAGAAAACAGGAUGGGUUAUGGGCGCAAUUAUGCUUUUCUCUGUCGCCUUUUUCACCUAUCAUUGUAUGAUGCUUUUGGUUAAAACACGCCGGCGCCUUGAAUCCAAGAAAUCCAGUACCAAAAAGCUCUCCUCCAAGAUCUCAUCUUUUGGUGAUCUUGGCUUUGCUGUAUGUGGUCCAAUCGGCAGGUUUGCCGUUGAUGUCAUGAUUGUUCUGUCUCAGGCUGGUUUUUGUAUAAGUUAUAUGAUCUUUAUUGCAAAUACCUUAGCAUACAUAUUCAAUUAUUCUCCAACUGAUCCCACUCCCAAGAUCUUGGGGAUUUCUCCCAAAGUGGUGUAUAUAUGGAGCUGCUUUCCAUUCCAACUGGGAUUGAACGCAAUUCCAACACUGACCCAUCUGGCCCCUUUGAGCAUCUUUGCUGAUGUUGUUGAUCUUGGAGCUAUGGGAGUGGUGAUGGUUGAAGAUGUUCUUAUUUUUCUGAAAAACAGGCCCGCUUUGGAAGCUUUUGGUGGGUUCAAUGUGUUCUUUUAUGGCCUUGGAGUUGCUGUAUAUGCUUUUGAAGGUAUUGGAAUGGUAUUGCCACUGGAAGCAGAGAUGAAAGAUAAGCAGAAGUUUGGUAAGAUAUUGGGAAUCUCCAUGGCUUUCAUAUCUUUGAUGUAUGGAGGAUUUGGAGUGUUGGGUUAUUUUGCUUUUGGAGAAGAAACUAAAGAUAUCAUCACUACCAAUUUGGGAUUUGGUUUGCUGAGCACCCUUGUUCAGUUAGGAUUGUGCAUAAACCUAUUCUUUACGUUUCCACUGAUGAUGAAUCCAGUAUAUGAAGUGGUGGAGAGGAGGUUUUGUGAAGCCAGGUAUUCCUUGUGGCUUCGGUGGGUGAUUGUUUUGGCAGUGACUUUGGUUGCUUUACUGGUACCAAAUUUUGCUGAUUUCUUGUCUCUAGUGGGUAGUAGUGUUUGCAUUAUUCUUGGUUUUGUUUUGCCGGCGUUGUUCCACUUGAUUGUGUAUAAGGAAGAGUUGGGGUGGCCGGAGUUGACUCUGGAUGUGGCAAUCAUUGUGUUUGGUUUAGUACUAUCUGUUUCAGGAACAUGGUCUUCCUUGCUGGAAAUUUUUGCAGCCAAGGCUUGA